AAGAAGAGAGAGAGAGAAAAUGUUUGGUAAUAUGGGUGAUGAAUUCCGUGGCGGCGUUUGCGGUGGAACACGGUGGAAUAUUCCGGCAACAACAACUCCCUUUGGUUUUUCUCCAUGUUUGGCUGGCUCAACCGAUCUAGAACCCUUCGAUUGGAACAUGAAACGAAUAUUCUCCAAGUCUAUCAACAAUGAAGAUGAUGAUAUUCAUUCUCAUGUUCCAGAUUCAGGGUUUAAUGAUGGCGGCCACAUCGUGAAUUCAAGCAUAAACAUGUUUGGGAUGGAAGCCAUGGAAGAUUGGAAACAAACCUUCAAUGUUAAUAAUAACAUGUCAAAUAAUUUGCAAGAGGAACAACAACAAGAUAAUUCUUUCAAAUCCUUUUCACUAGAAGAAUCGAAUAUCAACGCUUUCAACAACCCUAUUUCAUAUGGGUAUUCAUCCACGUUGCUCCAAACCUUAUUCGAAGACGAUCCACAAGAAUUAUCGGUUUUCGAAAACCAGACCUUACCCAUGAACUAUCCAUGCCCUAAUAAUUCUCAACUGGUCUCUCCUUCCAUGCCAAAACUUCCCUUUGACCCUUCAAUUUUCUCCGAUCAAGCGCCUUCUUUAUGGAGCCCUUCCGAUAUUAGGGCUAAUUUCUUUCCUUCAUUGAGCUGCCCCAAGAUCACAGCUCCUAAGGUUGCAAGUCAAUCUUCUAAUGGUUUAUCUUGGAGCUCAACAAUGAGGAAGAACAUUAAUAAUGAUCAAAAGCCAUUGAAAAGACCAAGAAUUGAAACACCAUCACCAUUACCAACUUUCAAGGUUAGAAAGGAGAAGCUAGGGGAUCGAAUAACAGCUUUGCAACAACUGGUUUCACCUUUUGGAAAGACUGAUACUGCAUCUGUUCUUCACGAAGCAAUCGAUUACAUCAAGUUUCUCCAUGAUCAAGUCAAUCAGGUUUUAAGUAGUCCUUACUUGAGAAACGGGAAACCCACUAUUCAAAAACAUGGUCAGAAGAAUGAAUCAUUGUAUUCACAAGAAGCAAAAGAAGGUAAUUCAAAACAAGACCUAAAAAGUAGAGGGUUGUGUUUGGUUCCAUUAUCAAGCACAAUUCCAAUUGCUAUUGAGACUACAAGAGCUGCUGAUUUUUGGACACCUAAUUUUGGAGGGGCAUUCAAGUAGAGAUCGAGAUAUGGAUUGAGCAAAUUAUUAGGACACUAAUUACAUGCUUAAUUAUAUAUGAAGAUGUAUAAUUAAAGUAAGGAGUGGGUUUAUAUUAUUAUUAUCAUUAUUAUUAUUUGAUAUAAGAGACAGGAACAGGUGCUAAAUUUAGCAGAAAACUGGGUUUAGUCUAAUGGGUUGUUGUUGUUAAUUUGUCAUUAUCUUGUAAGUUAAGCUAGAUUUAGCAGCAUUAGGGCUUUUGCUGCUGUUCAUGUUCCUGUUUCUUUAUAUUAUAAUUAAUUAAAAGUAACGUUUUUCCUUUCCA